AUGAAAGUAGAAUUACCAACAUCUAGAUUGCCGUCUUUGUAUAAUGAUUUCAGACCAUUGGAACAGUUAAACCCCGAUGGUUACGAAGCAAAUAUUAGUACUUGGAGGGACUACUUACUGGAAAGAUAUAUCAACAAAUCUACCAAAAUCACAUUUACUAUAGGGAAAACUUUUUUACAAGAGUUGAAUCAUGAGGUUUAUGGCGUACCGAAAAGCAUCGAUAUAGCAAUUGACGUUCUCGUCAACGAAGGAAACUUGAUACCUCUAGAGUUAUUCAACCUCGGUGGAAUGGACAUUGAUAACACGAAACGCGGAUUUUGGAAGUGGAUUAGAAGUUGGAAGGGAUAUAAUAAUUCAUAUAAGAGCAGAAAGGAUGAAACAAGUUUUUACUUGAAGGAAGAUGAGUUUAUAAUCAGGGCAAAUUUGAACAAAGAUUAUCAAAGGUUUUAUGAAAUAUUGAAGAGAAGUAUUCUUACAGAAGCUUCAUCUAUUACUGAUUUAGUAUUUACGAAGAAUGAGUUUUUAACUGCAGAGAAUCUGGGAACAUUUUUCACAGUUUAUGACGAAGAAGCAAAAAACGUAUUUCUGUACUUUUUAGAAAAGUACAAGCAUAUUAUAGUUUCGAAGGGCAAUGUCAUCAAAAUAAUCGCACCUGAAGUGGAAGAUGUUGUUAGCAAGUUCUCGAAAGACAUCACAGAAAAUGAUCUUCGAAUCGCAAGUGUCAAGGCGGGUAUAUUUAACAUCAACAAACAAAUUACAAAACUAAGAAAAGAAAUUAACAAAUCUAAUAUCAAUUUAAGAGAUCCAGAGUUUAGUGAAUUACCAAAGAGAAUAAUGAUUGAAUAUAAACAAGCCAGAUUAUUAUCUGAGAAGCACUUAUCCAGACUACUGAAAUUUCAAAAUAACCUUGUUCAAGUAAGGACUCAAAUAGACACCAGUGCUACCAAUGCAGUUUUGGUACAAACCCUGAAUGAGUCCAACGCAGUGAUUAAAUCAAUUAAUGGGUAUAUUGGGUCCACUGAAAAGGUGGAAAAUUUAUUAGAUGAGAUUAAAGAAGGAUAUGACCGCACUGAAGAGGUCAAUGAUCUGUUAAUCAGUUAUGAUAGGAGUAAAGAUGAAGAAACCGAAGAAGAGAUUGAAAGAGAACUUGAAAGAUUGGAACUUGAUGAGAAAAAUAAGAUUAGAGGAACAAAUCAAAAUCAAAAUCGGAAUGAGCCAACAAAAAGCGACGCCAAGGAUCUGCUGAAAGAAUUAAGAAAUUUGAGAAUAGAUACAAAUGAACCUAUGCAAAACAAUACAGAUCAAGAAAGUUGGGCAAAAGAAGAGAUGGUGGAGGAACAACCACUUUGA